AUGUCAACGACAUCGCUGGAUAUAGAGCUGCAGGAGCGUCUGAGAGAGGCCAGUGCCAUCGGAGACAUUGAAGAGGUGAAGACUUUAGUGGAGAGCGGAGUCAACAUCAACUCUCAGAAUGAGAUCAACGGGUGGACGUGUUUGCAUUGGGCCUGUAAAAGAAACCACAAACACAUCGUGACCUAUCUGUUGAACGCCGGAGCCGACAAAGACAUUCUGACAGCGAAAGAAGAGUUAGCCGUUCAACUCACUUCCAAACCUGAAAUCAGAAGACUGCUUGGGGUGGAAGAGGAAGACGUGCCUGAGGUGAAGGAACCAGAGCUGCCAAUCAUCCCGAACUAUCUUUCCAACCCGCCCUUCCUGUACAGCAAGAUGGAUAACGACAGCCUGAGCAUAGCACAGCGAAACGGCACCAACAAUCAUGCAGAGCCCCUGGAGUCAGAACCAGCGACUUUAUCACCGACACAAGAGCAGCAGCUUCCGCCUCCGCAUCAGCAGCCCAAGAGCCUUUACUCAGACAGCCAGAGCCAGCAGGAGUUACCCUUCAUCCCCGUGAUGGAGCAGAACGGCCGGCCCAUGGAGCUCUCCUCAGAGACCCCUCACACCAACCACUGCGAGUUUGCACACCCUCAUCCCAUAGCACAGAACGGCCCGGUGUGUCCCUCGCUUCCUUCUCCCAGCGGAGGCACCGGCCAGCCGCAGGGCCCCAGUGCCACGGUCACCCGGCAGCCGUCCAUCCCGCAGCAGAUCAACUGCUCCCAGCUUCCGGGCUCCAUGCCGGCCUUCCAGCCGUUCUUCUUCACCAGCACUUUUCCUGUUAAUGUACAAGAGCUCGUCCUGAAGGUGCGCAUCCAGAACACCAACGUCAGAGAGAACGACUUCAUCGAGGUGGAGCUGGACCGGCAGGAGCUGACGUACCGCGGCCUCCUCCGUGUUUGCUGCCGCGAGCUGGACAUCAGCGCAGAACACGUGGAGAAGAUCCGCAAGCUGCCCAACACUAUGCUCAGAAAGGAUAAAGACGUGGCACGGCUGCAGGAUUUCCAGGAGUUGGAGGUGGUGCUGGAGAAAACCGAAAGCUUGUCUCUGUUCUCUGGAGGUCAGGGAGGUCUGACUGACAGGCCCUGCUACAACAUGAAGGCCUCCAGGCUCACCUACUAGCUUCACUACACAGACUCUGUUCACCUGCUUCCUGAAAUCCCA